UCAUCUAUUUUUUUGGAACAGUACAGAGAGGAAUUUAUGAUAACAUAUGACCAUUAUAAAAAAAAGUGCAAACGAUGCUAAGUUACCAAACAUGAAUAUGGCAGAAUUUGCAACCGCAGACACUAAGUGCGCUAGUGAAUAACAAUAGAAUCCCAGAUGGAUGCCAAAGCAAAUCUUCAUCGCUAAAUUUGCCCCGACUUCCGAAAUUGCCGAUUGAAAUUCAGAAUGAUAAUAUUAGUCAAUGUUUGUACGAUUUUUAAUCUGCCGAUAUUUGCGAAUUUGUUCCGGGUUGGCAUAAUCUUUUGGCUUAAAAGGACGGUCUACAAACCCUCCUGCGCAGAGCUUUCUAUGUCCGCUAGAAGAAAAAGAUCGGACGUACAAAGCUCUGUGUAGCCUCCCUCGGCAGGCGUUUUUAGGCAGGCGUCGCUCGGAGGGGAAGCGAGCGAGCGUCGCCUGCCUAAGCUCUGUGCAGAACUGGCUAGCCCCAGUCCCAUGCCGCACGGACAAAUGAAAUACGAAUGGUAAUCAGUCUUUUUUAUCAUAUCCAGUUUUUUUUUACUAAAUAGUGCAGCUUUGUCAAUAUAGAUGACAGCGUUACGUUUUGCAUGACAUUGUUUACACUUUUCUAAGCAAAAUCUCUCAAUUACUAAUUUCAUAUAGGUGCAGAUUUAUCAUAUGCUAUUUUCGUUUUUCACUUUCAUUUGACUGACAGAAAUAACAAAGUGCCCAAUUGAAUACGAAGUUUACUUAAAACUUGGCUUUAUUCGUGGUUUGUUUACCAGACAAAACAGGCAAGUUUCCAAACUCUUUUGUGUGUGUGUGUGAAAAAGGAAUUGAACAACACGUAAGUUAAGUGAUCUUAACACAUCUUUUCUAUUUCAGAAAGCCUGAAUGUCGUCUGCAGGAAUCCAUUUAUUCAUUGUUUUAUUGGUUGUGCAUGGCGUUGCGCCUUUUCAUUGCGGCUCUUGCUCAUGUUUCCAAGAUGAAGAAGAAAGAUAUGGCGCGAGGUGCUCCAUAAAAAACCAACAGUUGGAUUUUAAUCCCCCACAAGGAAUACAAAUACUUGACUUGUCAAAUAAUAGUUUGACCAAAGUCCCAAGCUGGUUAUUCAAGAUGAACUUCUCUCGACACAUAAAUUCUAUGACUCUGGCCCAUAACCAAAUUAGCACGAUAGAAGAUGGCGACUUUAAAGGUCUAGACAACUUAUACAUUUUGGAUCUGUCAUUCAACUCAUUGACUCAAUGGAACCGUCACAACAACAGCGAACUCGGAAAUUUACAGGUCAUUUACGUCACAGGGAACGAGAACUGGACACCUGGUCAGUGGAUUCUUCAGAUGCGCAUGCUCUCCUACAUCAUCGGUGUGACCUGGCCUGGAUGCAAACAUUGUCCGCUGAUUCGCACGAGCCAUAUAAGAGAGAGUGAUGACAAUGAAACCAGACAGUUGUGCCAAUUCAAUACCGACGAUUACAAAUUUUCCAAUGAAAUUGAGUACGGACUUGGUCUAUUCUUCAUAAAGAAUGACUUCUCUCCUCAGUGCCUGUGUUACGACGAAACUUGUUAUGUGACUGAUUACGUAAACCCAUACGACAUCGCUUUGAAUACUCUUCCGAGAAAACUAUUCUAUGUAGAGUACAUUCUCGGAAUUGUUGCUAUAGCUCUAAAUUUGACCGUCGCCAUAACGAUUUGUGUCAAAAAAGCGUUGCACACCCCUUCAUUCAUUCUAAUAUCUAAUUUAGCCCUGUGCGACCUGGUAUUCGGCAUUUACACCAUACUUAUCGCGAGGUAUACAGUCUACGAGCUCAUCAUAAACAGCAACCAUUAUCCAGGCACAGAUACUUUUAUUAAUAAAUACUGCAACUCUAUGGGCAUACUUUUCACUGCAGCACAGAUGACUGCAGUUCCAACAUCCUUUGUAGCAACACUGGAACGCUUCUGUUCAAUAAUAUGGUGCAUGAACCCAGAUAGACGAAUCCGGAAGAAAGUCGCUAUCAGAUUGUCCGUUCUGUUUUGGGUGAUAAGCCUUACCUUCGCUCUGAUACCUCUUCUCAAGAUCGAGAGCCUAAUUUACCACGGGGAAUACACUUGCAUGCUUCCAUUUGGUGACCUCUCAAAGCUCUCACUCAUUACCCAAACAGUUGCGAUUUUUCUAGCGCUGGUAUACAUGAUCAGUAUAUUUCUUUACGUGCCUAUCUACAAAACAGUUCAGAGCGCAAACGCUACCGCUGGAAUCAAGAGAAAGGGGACCUUGGCUAAAAAUAUUGCUAUAAUGAUCACUACAAACUUUUUAUUCUUCGUCAUUCCUUUGGCUGCAAGCAUAGUGUUUGCGUAUCAUUACACCGACCUAAUGAGAGUACUAGGAAUAGAUAACUUCUAUAAGCUACGCGUCCAUUUUAUCAUAUUUUCAUGGUUACCUGUGGUCUUAUUGAGUAUGAAUUCGUGUCUUAACCCCUUUCUGUGUGCGUUUAGACAUCCAAAAUUCCGCGCACAGCUGUACAGCCUUCUCACUAGUAUUUGGCUUGGAGGACGUGAUAGGAGAGGGAGAAAUACAGAGACAACGAGUCAUUCUUCUAUGGGGCUUUCAAACUGGACUGGUGUAGAGCUGGCAGGUAGCGAAUCCAACAAACACGUCAAGCUAACACGGCUGACAUUUACGAAUAUUGCUAUGGACGGCACUUGAUACGUACUCGAUGACUGAUGGGUCACCUUAGAUAACUAUAGAGAGUCUGUCAGCCCUCUCUAAGAAAGACUAGCCGCCUAUCUAUGAAUGCAAAUCUGAAGCCAAUAACAAUUGUAAAAGGUCAUGUUACUCGCCAAGAAGAUAUGCUCUCUUUUAGCCUUGAUAAUACUAUAAAUAAAUGCUAAUAAAUAGCAUUCCAUACAAA